GAAGGGCAGCGUGAGAAGCAAGGAGGGGCCGCUCGCACCGCCUCGCUUGCUCGCUCUCCAUUGCCGAGCCCGGCCCGUUUCGGGGGAAGGAGGGAGGAAACUCCGCCUUCUCCUGAGCCACCGGGUCGGACUUUCGGAGCGGUUUCGAAGGCGGCGGCGGCCUUAUUUUGACGGAAGGGAACCAUUGCUGAGGGCAGAAAGUGAGCCUUGAAGAGGCGGGCCCUCUCUUCCUCCUCGCAACAGGUUUCCUCAGCAGGCCGCUCCUUCUCCUUCUCCUCAGGCGCGAUUAUAAAGGGAAACAUCCAUCACAACUCGCCUCAAUGCGGUUCGGGGCCAAGAUGAUGCCGAUGUUUCUUACAGUGUACCUCAGUAACAAUGAGCAACACUUCACGGAAGUGCCAAUCACCCCAGAAACUACAUGCAGAGAUGUUGUGGAUUUAUGUAAAGAACCUGGUGAGACUGAAUGUCAUCUCGCAGAAGUGUGUUGUGGCUCAGAACGCCCUGUAGCUGAUAAUGAGCGCAUGUUAGAUCUUCUGCAGCGCUAUGGAGUUCAAAGAAGUGAGGUUCGGUUCUUUCUGCGUCAUGAAAGGUCCCCUAAUUGGGAAACUGGAGGUGGGCCAAGACUGCAGGAUCCAAGCUCAAAAAGAAAUGGUGUAAAAAUGGUUAGUGAACGAAGAAUAGAGAAUGGAAUCAAUGCUCCUCGGAUGGAUAUGACUCUGGCAGAACUGCAGGAAAUGGCAUCACGACAGCAGCAGCAAAUAGAGGCACAACAGCAAAUGUUGGCAAACAAGGAGCAGCGGCUAAAAUUUUUGAAACAGCAGGAUCAACGGCAGCAACAACAAGCUGCAGAGCAAGAAAAGCUAAAAAGAUUGAAAGAAAUUGCUGAGAACCAGGAAGCCAAGUUGAAGAAAGUGAGAGCACUGAAAGGCCACGUUGAACAGAAACGGCUCAGUAAUGGAAAACUAGUGGAGGAGAUUGAGCAGAUGAACAGUUUGUUCCAGCAAAAACAACGAGAACUGGUACUGGCUGUGUCAAAGGUGGAAGAACUUACUAGGCAGUUGGAGAUGCUGAAGAAUGGCCGGAUUGAUGGUUACCACGACAACCAGUCUGCUGUAGCGGAACUUGACCGUCUGUACAAGGAGCUUCAGCUAAGGAACAAACUGAACCAAGAGCAGAAUGCCAAGCUGCAGCAACAGAGGGACUGCUUAAACAAACGCAACUCAGAGGUGGCAGUUAUGGAUAAGCGUGUUAAUGAGUUGAGGGAACGGCUGUGGAAGAAGAAGGCUGCUCUACAGCAAAAGGAGAAUGUACCGGUGACUCCUGAUGGUAAUCAGCCACAACCAGUGGUAUCUACUCCAAGUCGCGUGGCAGCAGUUGGUCCUUACAUCCAGUCUUCCACCAUGCCACGAAUUGCCUCAAGGAAUGAACUUUUAGUGAAGCCAGCCUUUCCGGAUGGGACUUCAACCUUACAAGCCUCUGAUAGUUCCUUGAAAACCCAGACUUUACCAAACAUGAGACCUGGGAUUCUUUCGCAAAUGAAAGCUUCUGGUGGUAUGACAGCUGCUGGUUUGAAACCACCACUCACCAUCAAUGACUGGAAUAAUUCAAAUGCUGAUAACUUUAUCAACCAGGGACUGACUUCUUCAGUGAUAAAAGCCAAUGGCAACAUUGAAGGGCCAGUUGGUGAGGGAGAUGCUCCUCUUAGAGAAAGAGAGAAGAAAGUACGUCCCUUUUCUAUGUUUGAUUCUGUUGAAUCAAAUGGAGGUAAUGGAGCCCCUACAACACUGAGGAAAAACCAGAGUAGUGAAGACCUGCUGCGUGAUGGCCAGAUGGGCACUAAGAAUAUGGCGAAAGUACCACCACCUGUUCCCACCAAACCAAAGCAGAUCAACUUACCUUACUUUGGUCAAGCCAGUCAGCUGUCCUCCAUAGAUGUUAAGCCAGACAGUAAUGCACAAAAGCUGCCCCUGGCAAUAGCAGCUGUUGGAAGCAAGCAGAAACCUCCUCCUCCACUCACACCCCCAGCAUCCCAGCCAGUCCAGCAAAGAAUCUGCGUGUCACCAAGCGGGCCUCCUCCUAAUCCAGAUCUGGCUCUUUCUAAACAAGAGAGUCCUCCUGCAGUUGCCGUGAAACCUUUCACACCUCAGCCAUCCAAAGAGGCCCCCCCACCUCCCUUCCGGAAGCCACAAACUGUGGCUGCAAGUUCAAUCUACAGUAUGUACACAAAACAGCAGACUCCAGGGAAGAACUUUCAACAAGCUGUGCAGAGUGCACUGACAAGGGCCCAAACCAGAGGACCACAUUUUCCAAGUGUGUAUGGAAAGCCAGUUAUUGCUGGAACUGGCCUCCCAAAUCAACAGCAGCAAAUGGAGAAUAUUUAUUCAAACACUCAAGGAAAACCCUCCAGUCCAGAGCCUGAAAUGGAGACCACAGCUUCAGCCAAUGAAAACAAUGAAACAGAACGUAUUCCUCGCCCACUUAGUCCAACCAAGCUUUUGCCUUUCUUGUCAAAUCCUUAUAGAAAUCAAAGUGAUGCAGAUCUCGAAGCCCUUCGGAAGAAGCUGUCCAAUGCACCACGACCAUUGAAGAAACGUAGUUCCAUUACUGAGCCAGAGGGGCCUAAUGGGCCUAAUAUUCAAAAGCUGUUGUACCAGAGAACAACUUUGGCUGCUAUGGAGACUAUAUCAGCCCCGUCAUACCCAUCAAAGCAAACUUCGGUAGCCAUUACUGAAGACUCAACAGAAAUCCCAAACCCUUACCUAAGCACAGAAGUUGUGAAAGAGGUGGUUCUUCCUCCGCCUGAGCCAGCUAUUGCAGAAGAGGCAGAAAGUCCAAAUACUGAUCAGAGCACAUAUGCUUUCCCUUCAUCAGGACUAGAUAGUGUUCCUGAGAACAUACCCGACAAUACAUCCAUUACUCAGCCUGAAAUGGAGGAACCAAGUCUAGAUGUACCCUUGCCUAUGGAAAUGUAUAUGGAGGAGUAUCCUCCCUAUCCACCACCUCCAUAUCCUUCAGGAGAGCCAGAGACUUUGGCAGAGGACUCGUUUAGUAUGCGGCCUCCUGAGGUUACUGGACAGUUCUCUUUACCACCUGGUAAGAGGACAAACCUACGUAAAAUCGGAUCAGACAGGAUUGACCAUGGAAUGCGAGUGAAAUUCAAUCCCCUUGCUUUGCUUCUAGAUUCCUCUCUUGAGGGAGAAUUUGAUCUUGUACAGCGAAUCAUUUAUGAGGUUGAAGAUCCCAGCUUGCCCAAUGAUGAGGGUAUCACUGCGCUGCACAAUGCUGUGUGUGCUGGUCACACAGAAAUUGUAAAAUUCCUGGUACAGUUUGGUGUAAAUGUAAAUGCUGCAGAUAGUGAUGGAUGGACCCCAUUGCACUGUGCAGCAUCUUGCAAUAAUGUCCAAGUGUGCAAAUUUUUAGUGGAAUCAGGUGCUGCUGUUUUUGCCACAACCUACAGUGAUAUGCAGACUGCAGCAGAUAAAUGUGAAGAAAUGGAAGAAGGUUAUACACAGUGUUCUCAGUUCCUCUAUGGAGUUCAAGAGAAAAUGGGAAUAAUGAACAAAGGAGUGGUCUAUGCUCUGUGGGAUUAUGAAGCUCAGAAUGAUGAUGAACUGUUUAUGAAAGCAGGAGACUGCAUGACAGUUCUUCGCCGGGAAGAUGAAGAAGAAAUAGAGUGGUGGUGGGCACAGUUAAGUGACAAAGAAGGAUAUGUGCCACGUAAUUUACUUGGGCUGUAUCCAAGGAUUAAGCCAAGGCAAAGAAGCUUGGCAUGAAAACACGUGGAAGCAAUUUUCUGAUGUGCCAGCCACAAGAUGAAUUUAUCUCUUUUAAUAGAAAAGAAUGCAUUCUCUUUGUGUUUACAUCAGUUUCAUGAGAUUUACAAUGUGACAUGAAAGCAAUGCUGAAUAUGCUAUGAAAACAGAUGAAGGAUUGAUUGCAUUCACAAAUGGUGGAAAAUACUCCCCAGUCUGGAAUGCUACUUUGAAGCAAAUGGAUAUGGUCCUGUUUAGGUAGAUUAAUCUUAAUCAAUGUUCUUUUUCUGCGGAUGGGUUUGUUUAUCUUUGUGAUAUACUGUCAAGAGAGAACUCAAUUUCUUCCUCUAAACCAGUUAUUCUCGAACUUGAGUCCCAGAUGUUAACUGGAUUUCAAGUCCCAGCUAAUAUGGCCUGAGUCAAGGAUUCUGAGAGCUGUUCUCUAGUAACAUCAAAAUUGGGAACCACUGUUCUAAACAAACUAUUUCUUACACUCUUGCAUUUUCUCCUCUGUAGCAGGGCCAAUGUAAGUCAGAUUAUUUUCAUACAGAAACUAAUAAUAUACAUUCUGAUUAUAGGAUGUCUUAGUAGCAGAGGUAACAUUAUAAAAGUAAUGUAAUGCAUCUUAAAUUAAGGACCUAAACCAUUUUUGAGCAAUAAUGUUAAGAGUGCGGUAGCAUUUUAGAGUUCCAGAAUAUUUGGAAUAUAUGCUGUACCACUAGUAUUGUAGCUCAUAGAGUGUUUUUUUAAAAAAUUGUCCUCUUGUCUUUUGUAACAUGGAUAUUAAACAUAGAAAAAACCUGUGUAGACUACAUCUUACAUUUUUGUUACAAUUACCUUUUUAUUCUUAACUGUGAUUAAAUUUUGGUCUUAAAAAUA